GCGACGACAUGACGCCCGGCGACGGCGAUUUACCCUGCUCGACCUGAGACCGGCCCCCUGAGUAGGAUGCUCAGGGUGGUGUGCGCGGUGGCGCUGCUCGCCGCGCAACAGGUCGCGGCAAACUACCCCCUCUUCGAUGAGUCGACCAAAAUGCGCGUGCUGCGAGUGCCCUGGGACACCAGGGUCGGCACCGUCAUCUACAGGGUCAGGGCCACCGACUCAGACUACGACUACCCUUUGAGCUUUGACGUGCAAGGUCGGACGGGCCGCAGCCUCCUGCGCGUCGAGAAUCUUCCGUGUCCGCGAAACUCGUCCGUGUGCGAGGCCAACGUCCUGCUGGCCAAACCCCUGGAGAAAAGCCGGCUGUACCAGUUCACCAUGUCCGUCAGGGAUGCUCAGGGCGACCAGACCAACGUGGAGGCCACCCUGACGGCCACCCCGGGCUCGUCGGUCGCCGCCCUCGACACUGCCUUCCCGCGCUAUUCCACGCUCAUCAUGGUUCCAGAGAACACCAGGGUCGGUUCCGAGCUCGAGUACUUUCUGGUACGAAAGAGUAACUUGCACGCCAGACACGCAUACCUGGAGUUGUCGGGUGCACCGAUAUUCCGAGUUAAGCAAAGACUGGCCGGAAACAGCGUGUCCAACGGCAGCGUCAUUUUGCUCGAAGAACUGGACUAUGAGCGUCAGAAUUUAUAUCCGCUGCACAUGGCGGCGACGGAUCCUUUUACAAACUCUUUGGAGGACACGAGGAACAUUUUAGGCUUCGACCUGGCUGUGGUGGUUUCGGACGUCCAAGACACGCCGCCGGUGUUCAUCCAAGCGCCCUCGGUCACCACUUUGCCGGCGACAAUUCGGCCGGGAGAUCUUGUUCUGAGGGUCUUAGCUGAAGAUGGAGAUAAAGGCAACCCGAGGGAAAUUAGAUACGGCCUGCUCACCCAGGGCAAUCCGUUCACACCCUUUUUCAGGAUGGAAGAAACUUCAGGUGAGCUUCGCCUGAUUCGUUCUCUGGACGAGCUGCGGGCGAUCGUGAAGCCCAACACGCCGGUGGUGCUCAGGGUGAUCGCGGAGGAAGUGGUGCUGGAUGGCAGGCAGGCGGACAACCCUGAGCACCUGAUCAGCACCGAGGCGGAGUUGGCGCUCAUUCUGCCCGGCUCGGCAAACACGCCGCCGCGGUUUGAAAGCGAACGUUACGUCGCUUCUGUUCCGGAAGACAGCCCCCCAGGGACCCCGCUGACCUUCACGGAGCCUUGGAUUCCCAGGGUCAGAGAUGAUGACUUGGGCCUCGGUGGGGUUUUCUCGCUGAGUUUGUUGGAGGACAACGGAACGUUUGAAAUCAACCCUUCAGUGGUCGAGGGCAGCGCCAAUUUUAUCGUGAGGGUGAAAAACAACGCCAUGCUGGACUAUGAAAAAUACCAGAUGCUUAGUUUUAAGAUUUUAGCAAAAGAGGUGAACCAGCCGGGCAACGGCGCCCUGUCAGCGACGGCCUCGGUGACCGUCAUGAUCAGCGACAUGAACGACAACGCGCCCCAGUUCAGCCAGCAGACGUACGUGGCGACCAUGCAGGAAAACGCGACGGCGGGAACGCCCGUAGCGCAGGUGCACGCCGAGGACGUGGACACCGGCGUCUACGGCGAGGUCAGGUACACUCGCAUCCUCGGAAUGAUGAACGACUCGCUCAGUCUCGACCCCUACACCGGACAGGUGUCCAUCGCCGCCAACAACCACAGAUUUGACCGCGAAGUCGCACCAGAGUUCAAAUUCUAUGUGGAGGCGAGGGACGAGGGUGGAGGCGGUCGAGCAUCGACCGUCCCCCUAAUAAUUACCUUGAUAGACGUGAACGACCACUCGCCUAGCUUCGAGUAUUCGAAUUACGAUCUGUACCUGUCCCCGAACAACAACAAUUUCUCGACCAGAGUAUUUUUGAAGCUCAAUAAACGGAAAUUUCAGGCCACGGACGCGGACGCGGAGUCGCCCAACAAUGCCGUGCGCUAUGAGAUCAUCAGUGGCAAUUUCGCCAAUAAAUUCUUCCUUGAUCCAAUCACAGGUGAGUUGAAAGUAAUUCCUCGCCGAGAGGACCGAGAAAAUUUGCUCAAGCCGCAAGAACCGUCUCUGUACACGCUGCUAGUGCGAGCGUACGAUUUAGGCGUCCCUCAUCGCUGGGGCACGGCGGAGGUGCGCGUCCACCCGAGCAUCGUGGACGCGUCGCCCAAGGGCUCGGUCGUCUUCAUCGUGCCAAACUCGCCGACCAGAGUGCUGUCCGACCUGAGGGCGACCGAGAAGCUGCUCACGCAGCUGACCGGAGGCAAAGUGCACAUCAAAGAGGUCCGUCCGUUCAAGCCUGGGGAGACGAUGGCCGCGGCAGACCUCGCCCCUGGCGCCAGCCACACUGAUAAGAGUGUCGUGGUGGCUGAUAUAUCAUACUCAGGAGAGCCUGCGAUGGUGGACGUCGCUGAGAUUCAGCAGCGACUGAUGACGAACCAGACUGUCGUGAAGGAAGUUAUAACCGAAUACAGAGCAGACACGAGUGCCCUUUUCUGGUUCAUGGUGUUUUUCACCCUGGCGCUGCUGGUGGCGCUGGUGGCCCUCAUUAUCUGCUUCCUGUUUGCCGGUUGCCCGCUGUACAUCCAAAGAAAAGAGACUCCUCCGCCUCCUCCUCCACCACCAAGGCAAGCGGAGGAGGUUCGUCUUGUUCUCGAGCGAACGGACAACAACGACGGUGACAAAUUCGUUAUCAGGCGGGAAGCGUGGAGCGCGGACGGCCGCGACCGCUACGUGCAGUUCAACCGCCGCAACGUGUUGACUCUGGACCCAAAGCCGCAAAUCCAAGACUCGUAUUCGACGAGAAGCGAGAAAGUGCCUCGGCAGCACGAGAGGCCAAGCGUAAUUUUCACUCGCGAGCUGCAGAACCAGGACAUGAAGGUAUACGACGAGGGGUCCGCGAUCCACACGGACACUCCGAUGGUCCUCGAGCUCGAGAGGCCUCAAAUGUUUCACAGAAAGGGCAAUUACAACUCGGAGGUUUUGUUCGAAGAGGCCGACGAGGACUCCUCAGUGAGGCGUCACGAGAUGGAGAGAGGCUCCGACAUUGCCCGCAGAAUUAUUCCUUCUUCCAAUACCGGUGUGGUCGAAGUGCUCACCCUCCCUGACGAUGAAAGGGAAUUACGCGAGCAGCACUACACCAAAGCGGGCAAUGCCGAAGUUUUAAGACUCUUCUCUCAACAAGACGACGACGAAGACAGUUUAACCAGACAAAUGGGCAAGGAGAUGCUGAUGAAGAGGUUCAUGGAGGACCAGAGCAUUCGGGUGCUGGAGACGGACGACGAGGACGAACUGCUGAUGAUCGGCAGGCAGGACAACGAGGAAGUGGACGAAGAGGAGGAUGUCGAGGGCGAAUACCACACCGCCGACACCAAGACGACGCUGCUGCGGCGGCAGUCGGCCAAGAACCGGCGACGCAGCCAGUCGCUGCCCAGGCAGCAGGAGCGCCAGAGCAACCUGAGUAAGAAGAAGAGCGUGUCCAACUCGGGCCUGGAAAAGGGCAGCAAGGUGACGUUUGCCAGUCCGAGCGUGACCGAUGGAGAGGAUGAUGACUUCGUUAGAAAUGGCUCAAGAGCUGAUUCAGUCAAAAAAGCACCUUGGAAGGUGGAUGAGCGUGAAGGGAUCCGCAAAACCGUCCUUAAAAAGCCUCCGGAGCUCCGGGACGCGCGACAGCAGUCCAAGGCCGGCGGCAAAGCUGCCCAAGAAAAGAAGCCCGGCAGAACAACAGCAGCACCAGCAGCAGCCGGCGGGAAAAAAGAAGCCGGCUCAGACGUGAGGAAGCAAGAGAAAACGACCGGCAAAGCAGCCGUAGAGCAGGAAAGCAGCAGCACGAGAAACAAUAAAGAGAGUCCUCCUCCGGCCGCCCCAGUUAGGAGGGGCGCCAACCGGGCCGAGGAGGUCAAGUCCAGGAAUUCCCUGCAGCCUAGCAGUCCGGGCACGUCCAGGAGGAGCAAGGAGAGCAGCAGACAGCACAGUCCCUCGCCGUCCAGCAAGAAAACUACGGCGCGGCGCGGGCCCAGCAAGAGCCCCAGUCCGCCGCAGGCAAACAAACGAGGCGAACAAAACUCAAGAACGGCGAGGGACGAGAUAAAAUCCAAGCACACAAAGACCUCCCUGACCAGGGUGGAAAAAAACAAUAGCAGCAACACAGCGGUUAAGAACCAAAAAAACUUGCAGCAACGAGUCGAGGUCGAUGACGCGACCGUGGCCGAAUUGGUGCACGGGGCCGACGGGACGGAGGAGGAGAGUGGCGAGACGGAGCAACAGCAGGCCGACGUCAGCGCACUGAAAGAAGCGGUAGAGUCUUCAAUACAGACAGACGUAACUUUGGUACCCCUGAUCAAUUCGACCAGGGCGCCGUGGGAAGACGACCUGGACUCGGGAAUAGCGAUGGGGGAGGAGAGGAGCAAGCGCCUAGCCUACCUCACCAACAAGAAGAGCAUCUUCACAAUAGCCUACAAUGAUGUCGGCAUUCCCAGCAUUAGGGCCGAGAGCGCUUCGCCGUUGUCGUAGCAUCAAUCGGAUAAAUAAUAUCACUCACUUUUAAUAGUUUAACGCUGCUUCCUUCCACUCAUACACAUUAUAUACAUAACCGGACCAAUUUUCAAGCCGCGCAACUCUUUUAUAUGUGACAUGAUUUUUAAAAUCUAUACCGCAGCAGCAGCUCACAAGAUAUUUGUCAACAAUGUUAUAGGGUUUUGAUGAAUUCUUGUUUUAACAUAAUUUUUCACAGUAUACAUCAAAACGGUUGUGAAUAGAUUAUUUAUACAAAUAAAAUAAUUCAAAAUUGA